UGAACACAAGGCUCACUAGCGUUUGUUGAAACGCUAGCUCGCUAAAUCUGUUAAUGGACGCAGGGCCUUGAAAACAGUCGUUUCACAUGAUAUCAACGAGCGAAUUUUAAAAGGAUCAACGCGUUGGACUGGGCUAUGGUUUAUACAGUUCAUAGUUUGGUUGGACUUGUUGACGGUUUGUCGCCGUAAACGAUAGCUAGCGUACAGAUGCUAAGCUAACUAGGAGCUAAGGUGUCACAGUUGAUGUUUAGUUUACACAUAUAAGUGGUAUGAAGGUAAUUCACGAUUGUAGGUCGCUCGUUUGGUGUCGUUAGACUAUAAUAACAACGUCCGAAAACUAAUUGAUAUCUCAGAGCCAAUCAACAUCCACAGGUAGUGGGUUUAUGCAAGAAUGGUGUUCGGUGUAAAUAAAUGAUAGCAGCGCUAGCCGGGAGUUGUCAGUUUGAUUUUCUUCACAAACCCCCCGGAAUUCUGUUGUAUUUUAUUGCGGGCAGAAAUCAGUUUGGCAGUCAUAAUGUCGGAGCUGGACACUCUAAUUGUCACUUUCCAGACUCAGCUUUCCGAUGUGAUGGAGACGGUGGUAAAAACAGCCAUGUUUGAGGUCACAAGAUUGGUGGAAGACGGCUUUUUGGAGGAAGUGAAACGUAGGAACCAGGAGGUAGAGUCCCUGAGGAUGCAGCUACAGUGGGUUGAGAGAAAACUGAGACAAGGUGGACAAGAAGUCAGUGAUGGUAAUGAUGGUGUGCAACUGUCCUGUGAUACUCCAGAAGAACAGAUGGAUGUUGUUAAUCAAGAAUCUGGUAUGAAAAAAGAAGCAAACUCCAUUGACAGAAGGAAAGGAAGCAUCAGGCAGGAAGUAACACAAGCAGCAGAAGAGACCAGGGCCACUCACAUGAUUGAAUCACAGGCAAUAGAGGAAGAGGCUUUGCUGCCGGAGAUGGAUGUAAAGGAAGAGGAAGUAAAUAAGCCGGUUUGUUCUUCAGUGGAUGUAGGGGAGUGGCAUGGUACUAUUGAAGGUAAAUCUCUACCUGAAUCCAACAGUGCCAGGGAGCCACCGGAUGCACAACCAAGACAAACUCCAGAAAACAGUGGGGAAUUAUUGAACGAUGCCAUUAAGCAUGACAUUAUGCAGGUCUCGACUGGUUAUGUUUCUCCUGAAGAGCAGAAAGAAGCACACAUGGCAGAUGAUUUAUCUAUGGAGGUGAACAGGAGUUGGGCUGGUCUGAGUGUCCCACCUGCUGAGAUUAUCCAGAAUCAAAUACAUGCAGCAGAAAAAGACUGUAAUCCAGCCAAAACUACUGGAUCUUUAUCUGAAGCAAAACAUGAGCUGUCAGAAUCUGUCACAGCAGACGUUAAUGCUCUCAUUGCUCUGGGUGGAGAUCACAUUUCAACUCCGACGUCUCCUCAGGCAAGACUCCUAAAGAGUGAUGUGUUGGGUGUGACUAUCAAACAGGAGGUCACUGUUGGAUUUGAUGAUUGUAUGGAAAGCAAGUCAAAGGAAAAGACAGUGGCAUCAUUCUCUUCAUUUGUCAAACAGCACAGACUGAGUUCAGAGGCACUCAAGCAUAACCCCAUUUCCCAUAAAGCCAAAGUGCAGGAGCUCAUGAAGCUUCAUUCAAAAGUGGGUACAGGUCUCAGACUGCAAACUGCUGUACAGCAGCUCAAUCGACCAAUGAAGAAGCCCCAUCAUGUACUCUCAAACAGCACCACCGCAGCACUUUCUGUAGCUCACUCUCAGGUUGUAAACUUUAAAUCCAUCAACAGAAUGCCCUCCACAUCUAAAGCAGCUCCUCCUCCUCCUCUCUCAGUUCAACGAAUCCACCUGGGGGACAAACAAGCUGCUGCACAUAACAGAAGUGUUGCCCCAUGGGUUAACAUCAAAACCCAACAACAGUCCACAAAUUCUCAUCAAAACAGCGCCUUACCACACCCUGACUCGCACCCUGUUGUAAGCCCCAGACAGCUUCAGCGUUGUGGCCAGUGUGGGAAAUGCUUUCCACACCCCAGCAACCUGAAGGCUCACUUGCAGACUCACACAGGUGAGCGACCUUUCUGUUGCUCCCUCUGUGGUCGCAGCUUCACCAAGCUGAGCAACCUCAAAGCCCACCGACGGGUUCACACAGGAGAGAGACCAUACUGCUGUUUGGCCUGCGGCAAACGCUUCACCCAGAAAUGUAACCUUAAACGCCAUCAGAGGAUCCAUCUGGAUGUAUGAUUAUGGGCAGCCAAGUGAGAAAUAGACAAACUGUUGGGCUUUGUUAAAGAUGCUCCAGAGUUUUGUUUGCAAUGUAGUGCAACUGCUAUAUUCACUUGCAAAACUUCUUUUUGUGAAGGGUAUCUGUUGUGUCAGAUUUUUCCAUGUGUACCUGAAAGGUUAUUAAAAUAAGAUAAGAUAAGAUAAACUUUUAUUGAUCCCCCACCAGGGGAAAUUUGUUAAAAAAAGGUGUGGUAUUGUUAUUAAAUAAUGGAUAAGUGUAUGUUGUGAAAUGUAUGCUGCACAGAGAAAUGCCAGAUUUCGAUUUUAGACAAUAAAUAUUUAUUCUGUGUCUUCUCAAAGUUAAUUAUAUUAAUUGCACUAGUAAAAUUGACCUAACAAAAAUUUUGAUUGUCAAUCAUGCCAUGCAUUCAUCAUCUUCCAAAUUUGAAAUGCAAAUUAAGAGUUUGUAACUGUUGCAGUUACUUAAGUUAAACUCAAUGUAAUCAGUGUAAGAAAAUGGGUAAACAAGAAGGUUUUAGGACAUGUUCAUCAUAGGUUAUGUUGAAUAAAGUGUUUGGACGCGCACUAAAUUUGAAAUUGUGAUUUUGAAUAUUGGGUAGUCUAAGGUUUUUAAACCACCUUAUCUUUGUCUGGUUUGGUUGUCCAGUAUUUCACUUUCCAUGUUUCUCCUUGAUGUGUGUAUUUGUUUUUUAACAUUUUAAAAAUAUGCAUUUUCUAUGUAAAUCACAUGCAGAUUUUUCAAACUUAUGAACAAUAGAUGUGAAAUCUAAAUUUGUCAUUGGUGUUAUGAUUUCCUUGUUGAAGCUUUUACAAAAAAAAUCUCUUUGAUAGAGUUUAAACAGAACCUGUCAUAUUAAGCCCUGGUAACUUAUUGCAUUUACAAUAGUGUAUUUUCUAUGUAUGUAUUGCAUGUUUGGCAAAGAAACGCACAAGGUUUUCACUUCUCCACAUAUUCAGUUGCCUACACUACAGCACUCCCUGCUGACGUAAGGUGGUAAAAGAACCAGUGUGCAGUUGAAUAGUUUCACUUUUGCUGAGAAACAGACAGCCGCACAGACGCGUCAAAGAUAAAUCGGCUGGACGAUCACCUAACCCUCUGGAAAAAAAAAAAUUAAAAGACAUUUAACAGACUGAUUAAAGCUAGA